GGCAACAUACUCUCCAUUCCUCUGUCUGGGAGAAUGCUAUUUCCCUCAGCUCGUGUCAUUUAGACCGUUUUUGGUAGAGUAUAUUGGCUCCAAUGAUUGACGAGGUGGCCAGUCUCUCCUGUAAUGGGAACCUCUUGCACGGCUGUCCCAGUCACAUAGAAAGCAGCAGUACUUGGUGUAUCCGCCCUGCAAGCCCAUCACAAGAGCAACAACCUUUAAGUCACCACAGAGCUGCCAUUGAUGCUCAUCAUAUUUCAUGCACUGCAAGAGUUGCUUCAGUAACAGUGAGUUACCAAGCGUCAGUGUUCUUCCAGCGCUGGUGUGGGUUGCAGCGAUCACCUCCAGCCUUAGAAAGAACAACUUGUUCUCACGAAAAUAUCAACAUUUUGCCAGUGUUUGUGUCUUAUGGUGGAGGAGUGAGAUAUGUCUGCGAUAAUCUUGUUGCUGGUGAUUGUAGUUGGAGUGAGUGAGUGUGAGAGAACUAUCUCACACUUAGCCAGUAGUGCCUCCUACACCAGCUUCCCUACACCCGCCACCAGCCUCGGCACCUCCCUUACGGGGCCUCAAUCUGCAACAUCCACCAGCUCUUCUUUUGAGGAAGAAACGUUUGCUGCUCCAGAAGAUGCAUCUUUUGGCAGCAAACCAACUGAGUUGGGCACCAACAGAGGCAUCUCUGAUCUCACCCUAUCGUCGUGGUCACUCACUAAAGAGUACGUAGAACAGAUGUUACAUAUCAUGAAGAAUUACGAUCUGUUGCCUCUGAAGGAAGUGGCCGGCAAUGACACCAGAGCAGUGUUGACCUCAGGAGAGUACCAGGGCAAGACAGCUCUGGUGUACAAGCUAGCCCCUGGUACAAUAGUUGCUGGCGUCAGAAGAAAUCAUGAUGAGGAAAUCGAGCGACAAAUCACAGAAAAACAUUUUGACAUUUACGAUAAUGACUACGCGGCCUCACAUGAAGAUAUAGAUAUAUCACCUCAUAAAGUUGGAAAUGACGAAAUUUUUCGAUCUGCUAUAGCUCCUGGCCCAACACAGAGUUGGGAGAUCCAUUACUUAAAUGCUCCACCCAGUCUAUCAUCCAGAGAUAAGCCACACCUCCUCCACAGCAGCACUCGCACCAUCCCCGAACACUUACGAGGUCCCAUAAACACAGCUGCAGCAGCGGGUGCAGACGUGGUGUUAACACCGGUGGGUGUUGCAGUGAAGGCGUCGAGGAGCAAGGUUCGAGGAACCUGGCUCUCCUUCCUGCUCCUCCACUACAUGGGCUUCAUACCUCAGCUACCUGGCCUACCAAGACACAUUGAUCCUUUCCUUGUGGCACCCAGCAUACACAACACACCCGCAAGACAAGUGCCGCAUGAUGAUUCAAGAAGCCACAUACAACAGAUCGAACACUAGUCGAUUUUGAAUAAUUUCAGUGUUUAUUAGUUGUACCUAAACAAAUAAAUCAUAUCAGUAUUUAGUAUAAAUAUUUUUUUACAUUUUAUUAACAUAAGU